AUGAACUGGGGGGUGUUCGAGGAGCUCCUCAGCGGCGUCAACAAAUACUCCACAGCCUUCGGCCGUGUCUGGCUCUCCCUCGUCUUCAUCUUCCGCCUGCUGGUUUACCUGGUGGCGGCCGAGUGCGUCUGGAGCGAUGACCACAAGGACUUCGACUGCAACACGCGGCAGCCGGGCUGCACCAACGUCUGCUUCGACCACUUCUUCCCCGUCUCCCACGUCCGCCUCUGGGCCCUGCAGCUCAUCCUGGUGACGUGUCCGUCCCUCCUGGUCAUCAUGCACGUGGCCUACCGGGAGGCCAAGGAGCAGAGGCUCCGUGAGACCAAAGGGGACAAUUAUCGCUGCAUCUACCCCAACCCCGGCAAGAAGCGGGGCGGGCUCUGGUGGACGUACCUGCUUAGCCUCAUCUUCAAGGCCGGCGUGGACGUGGUCUUCCUCUACAUCUUCUACCGCUUCUACAGGAACUACACCCUGCCCCGGCUGGUGAAGUGCGAGCUGCCGCCCUGCCCCAACGUGGUGGACUGCUUCAUCUCCCGGCCCACCGAGAAGAACAUCUUCACCCUCUUCAUGGUGGUCACCACCUGUGUCUGUGUGGUGCUGAACCUCAUCGAGGCCACCUACCUGAUCGGGAAGCGGUGCCACGAGUGCCUGCAGGCCAGAGGAGGGGACAGCCGGCGGCACAGCCGCGACUGCUCCGUCUCCCACGCCGACCCCGUGGGCACGGGUGGGCAGGUGUUCCAUGGGGCAGACUACAAACCCCACACAGCCACCAUCCCACUCACGGCCUCCUGCCCCAGCACGCUGUCCGAGGAUGAGGCUCGUUCCUAG